CCGUCAAAAAAAAGAGAGAAGGAAAGAUUCGGAAAGAGAAGCUACAGCGAGGGGAAAGCCGCACCGAGGAAACCCUAACCACCGUCGACUGAUUGAGCGGCGGCGGCGGCGAGCGGCGGAGAUGGAGUUCGAGACGAUGAGCAGCGCAUUCGCGGGGCUCAAGACCCACACUAGCGACGACGACGGCGCAGCAAGGCCGGCCGGCGGAACUCGCGGGGCCGCGACCGGGAAGGAGCCCAUCUGCAGCAAGGCCGGGGCAAACGCACGGCGGCGGGAGCGCCAACUUUUUCGCGAUUCGAUCAAGGCAGGGCGCCGCCCCCCACGUCGAGGCGACGAGGAAGAGGAGGGCGCGAUCCCCGUCUACCGCCGUGCCUGGGAGACCUCCUUCGGCGGCGUCUUCGGCUCCUUCGACGACGAAACUGCCCUUGGUCCCAUGCGCUACACAUCUGGACCUAUCCCGGAAAAUGCUGUUCCAGCUAGCACCUUGCAGAUCUUCUCUGUCAGAGUUACUGACCUGAAAGGUCUCUGGUGGCCACUUCAUGUCUAUGGCUUGGUUGCCACCAGAGAUGAGGCAGAUCAUAAUCGCAACUUUCUUUUCAGGCGCACGAGGGAUAACUGCCAAAUCCUUACCAAAGAGGAUCCAGUUUUGCUGUUAACAGGCCCGUCUCGCGCAGUCCUGUUGGCUGGUCUGGUCACCUUCGAAGUACAGCUGAUGGUAAAGAGCAAAACUGAACUUGCAGAUAAAGUGCUGGCUUCCAAAGUCUUCUAUUUCCACCAGGGAUCUCGCCGAGAAGACAGUAUCUGUACACGCAUCCCCUACAAGCAUUGUGCGCUCGAGUUUGCGCUCGCGCCUCUGCGGCAUUCGGUCGAGGCCACCGUCAGCGUCCAGCUCGUCGACGGGUCGUGGCCGGACGGUCACCAGGGACUGGUCUUCUCCUGCACCGACAGCAUAAAAGAUACCAAGAUGGUGCUGCUUGACUGUCGAGAUGGGAACAUGCCCAUCGGUUCGGACGGCAUGUUUGAGCUCUCCAGGUGCGUUGUUUGCGCAGAGCUGGGCGGGAGGGAUAAGCUCAUGGUGUCCGUGCAGGCGCGGCGCGUCGGUUUCCUUAUGAGAAAUGCGGCCGUCUUCGAGCCCAAGAUGUCCGGGACGAGCGUUGGCAUGUGUGAUCUUCGUUUCUGCAAGAUGCAGGUGACCGUUGCCUGGUCCCUGCUCUCCACCUCUGGCACACAUGCAGAUGCAGGUGGUAAGUAGCAGGGGCUGUCUGGGUAAUGUGUGCUAAGCCAUGUAUGGGAGAGUAGUAUGUCGUUUAUUUGGUCCUGUGUUUUCCUAGCUCCGUUGUAAGCUUGUGAUGGGCAUGGGCCUUUGUUGUGAGACGGUUCGUUGUAAAUAUACCGGUGUCAAGGUUUUGGGCAUGACAAA